UUCCUCUGGGUUUACGUCUCUCUCUUAUCCUCUGUCCCUCAGACGCAAGAUGAGAAACCGCAGGACAAGACAGAGCAGCCUCUGAGCAAAGUAAUUGAGCGGAACCGUCUGAGAACGGUGUUAAAAAACUUGUCGCUCUUGAAGCUACUCAAGAGCUCGAACCGCCGGAUCCAAGAACUGCAUAAGCUGGCCAAAAGGUGCUGGCAUUCACUGCUCAGUGUUCCAAAGAUUCUCCGAAUCUCCUCUGGGGAAAACAGUGCCUGCAAUAAAGCGAAACAAAAUAAUGAAGAGUUCCAGGAGAUCGGGUGCUCCAAGAAGGAACUCAAGUCUAAGAAAUUAGAGUCCACAGGGGACCCUAAGAAAAAAGAGUACAAGGAGUGGAAGCCCCAGGUGCAGUCAAGGAUGAGUAACAAGGCAAAAACGUCAUCGGCAGCAAUGCCAUGGAAAGAAAAGCAUGUAGAGCCUGAGGUUCCAAGGACAUCGAGGGAUCAUGGCUUGAACCUUGGAGCCCAGGGGAGGCAACUACUCACUGAGGGCCCCCGAGUCAUCUUCAUUAAGCCCUACCACAAUAGAACUCCGAUGGGGCACAUGAAGCAGCUGAAUGUAGCUGACCAGUGGAUCUGGUUUGAGGGGCUGCCCACACGAAUCCACCUCCCGGCACCCCGGGUGAUGUGCAGAUCCUCCACCCUGCGUUGGGUCAAGCGCUGCUGCACCCGCUUCUGCUCCGCAUCACUUGAAAUGCCUAUGUGGCAUCCAUACAAGGUUGAUGUGACCUGGACGGGAGCCAGAGGUGCGAGCAGAGGGUGGAGAUCGCGCAGUCAGCUUAAGGGGAGGGAUGGGUGGCGAAAUUCACGAGUCUACAAAUAAAAUCUUCCAUAUGGCACCUAAGAUGAAUACUGCUUACUCUGCCUGUUUGUCUGGGGCUGGGAAGGAUGAAGGAAAGAGGCCUUCGGUAGAGGGAGCCUGUGUCGCGACUUCAGGCUUCCCCCACCUCCACCCCCUGGCCCCGAAGGUCAGUCUAGAACCAAAUAAGCCAGCGAGCUGCACCCCUCCCCCACCUCCACGAGCUGGUCUCCUGAGUGGUGCGCUCUAUGAAGUCAGGGCGCUCGUGUGCUUCCUGGAUGCAAGGUGCCUCACAAUCGCCCCGUGAGCCCACAAGAGGAAACCGCGGCACGGAGGCAGAAAGUAACUUGUCCAGGCUCACUCAGCUAGAAAGUGGCAGGAGCAAGGGCUCCUGGUUGCUCCCCAUUCCAUUUUCCCAAGAAAGGGAAAAGGUGAAAUGAGAGCCUGCUCAGAAGCCACGAGGCAGGAGGAAUAGCCCUAGCACCCUGUGGGUCAUGCGCGUGCAUUGCGACCUGAUUGUCAAAAACUGAUUGUCAAAAACUGAUUGCAUUGCGGCUGGUGUCAAAAAGUGGAUGUCAGCUGGGCCUCCAAAUGUGUCGUGCCUUCGUCACAGAUCAUAGAAGGCACCGGAUCAGGCGGAGGAGCUGGUACUGCAUCUCUACUGCUCCAGCAUGACAUGGCAGGUCCACCCUCAAUCCGAAGACCUCAACCCCAAGCCCUGGUCGACCCCAUCUGGCCGGGGUCACCCUCUGUCGGUAGGAGUCACAGGACCCUAACUUAGACGUUGCGGAGAGGAAAGCCAAGGGAGCCCGAGUUUUCUCCGGACAAAGGCCUCCAUAUUCCCCAGAGGCAGGCUGCGUGGAGUGGGCACCCUCGGGAGAGCAGUGGAGCCACUGAGGGGCACACAGCUCUCUGGGGGUGAGGGUCAGGGCAGCGAUGAAGAUAGAUCUCCAGUUUGGGAGAGAGGGAGAACGAUUGGAUGGACUUCGCCCCCCGCCCCGCCCAUUCACACACUCCUCCCCACUAUUACUGGGCAUCAGCAGCCGCGCGGACCAGCCUGGGCAGAGCCACGGUGCGGGGACUGCUUAGCACCCAUAGUGGCUGCUGCGCGCUCCCGAGCUCCACCUCCCAGCGCAAUCUUCCUGGAGCUCCCCUACGGUGCCUACCUCCGCCCCCACCACCCCGCCACUUCCCGCGCCACCUCCACCCCAGUAACCUCCACUUCCACGGGUCUUCCCACCCAGCUUGCACUCCAGCCCAUUUCCUGAACAGUCUCCAUUGCGGUUCCCUUGCUGGGUAUUUUCAAUUCCAUCAACUUUCGAAAAUAAUCUCUACUCACUCUUUCAUUCCAUCAACCUUUGCGUGAAUUUCUGUCCUGAGCGCGCUGUCAGCGACAGUCAAGACAGCGCCCUCCCAGCUAAAAAAACCCGACCCUUUCUGGGGAGCCCCCUUGCACUAGCCUUCAUGGGGGCCUGCCCAGGGAGCCCCAAGUAGAGGCUGGAUUGGGAUGGGCCUGAGUGAGACUGGCAACUUCACUUUGCUCCAGACAGCUGGAGUUGGGCCCCAGUUGCCCACUGGGAAUGCCACCGAGUAUAGGGGAGGGCUGUGUGUGAAGGCGGGGACCCAGCAUGGCCAGGGCAGCAAGCGGCAGGCCUGGGAGUGAAGGAAUCCCAGUAGUAGGCUCCUUCCACCUCAUCCCACCUGCCCAGGCACUUAGGCCUCUGGCCACCUGCCUCCCACAAUUCCACAACCGGGGUCUCCCCACUACCAACCUCCCUUUGUUUAACCAUUUCAACCUAAAGCUCCUCCUCUGGGCCCAGUAACACUGAUUUGGAGAGGAAGCCACCCCAGAAAUGGCUGCUUAACAGUUAACUGGGAAAAAAUUGAAGUGUGUGAAUCUGAUUUUAUAUUGAGUGACUUUUUAGAAGUCACCUGACCUCUCUGAGCCUAUUUCAUGUUUAUAAAAUAGUGAUACUAAUGUCUGUUUCGGGGGUUUUAAGCAAAUCAAGCUUGAUGUAGGAGAAGCCAGUUUGUGGGGCACUGAACAAAUGUUUGGCCUUUUCUCACGCCACACCAGGGUCAUCAUCAUAAAGCCCUGUGGCCAGUCAGUCCUGGCUCCAUUUCUCAUCAGCAGCUACCUAACUACCCACCUUUAGGGAGCUAUCUACUUGUUAACAAGCCAAAUGUAUGUUUACAUUCACAACCUUUUGCUAAUACGGCAUAUGGCAUCUAGAUCCCUAAGUCUGUCUAUCUCACAAUUGUCUGGAUCACACAUAAACGUAACUGGAAUGUCAAAAGAGGAUGAGGCAGACAGGCCUAGUUUCCUACCAACUUUGUAACGGGGAAAAAGUUGUUUACUCCCAAUCCUCAGUUUGUCUGCAAAAUGGGGGAAAUAGUGGUGCUUACCUUAUUGGACUGAGUAAGAAUACACAUAAAUCACUUUGCAGUACAUGCCAGAUAGGAGCUCAAUACUUGGUAGUGGUACCUAGAGGACUGGCAAGCCUAUCCCCCAACAUUUGAAAACACAGGCUCAGAAGAAAAAUGUCUCCUCUUCUGUAAAAUGGAUAGGGGGGCGGUAGCCUAAUAAUUGCCUAGAAUUAUGGAUCACUUCCUACAUGUCAGGUGCUGGGCUAAGCGCUUUACACAUGACAUCUCAUUGCAUCUUCACGGUAAAACCAGGGAGGGAACACUUUUUCCAUUUUAUAGAAUUAAGUGUUGACUUACCAGAAAAGAAGGCAAAACAAAACCCAGGGAAAUAAGUACCAUUAUUACGCUCAUUUUACAUAUGAGGAAAUCUAGGUAAGGGAGAUAACAUAGCUUACCCAAGAUCUCACAGGUAGUAAUGGGACUCCAGGACUUUGUACUCCACUGCAGCUCUCUAAAGCCUUUCAGCAUUGGACCCCUAUGACUGUGACUUGCCCAGGUAGUGGCAGGGCAGGGAUUAAAACCCUCAGCUCCCUCUACUCCCUCCUGCCUCAAUGCUAUUUCUACCACCCUUUACUACUUUCCAACAGAAAAUCUUAAGACGGUGGUUUUUAAUCUCUCCAAAGAAGAGUUCUCUUGUAUGCUGAUUCUAUCCCUAUUCCUCUGCUUCUGAGAUUCCGUGGUCCCUGGGCUGCCAGCACAAGGUGUUCCACACCUGUGCACUGACUGCCCUCUGGGCCUGGCAGAAGGAAGCUACUGACCUGGGAGUCACUGAGGAAGGAGUCCAAGGGGAUUCCUGUCCAGGGGAGCCUGUUUGAGCUGUGUACCCUCCAGGAUGUUGGGAGUCCCGGAGCUUCAGAUUGUACCCCCUGGUGUCUGCUGGCUGCCAUCCUGGCUCUCAUUUGGCACUGAUAUGGACAGGGCUGCCUAGAGCGAGGGGUUAGAAGUACCCUCUGAGCCAGACAUCCCUUUUUCCUUUCCUGUUCUCCUUUAAGGGUAAUAAACUAUUCUGAGCAUCAGCUAUGUAGGAGUCUCCAGUUUUCUUUCUGAAUGGCCCGAGUUCACGUGGUGGGUGGGAAAAAGGGAGGUCAACUUCAGACACCUGGAGAGUUAAGAGAUAUGCCAACUCAGUAGUGGGCUAGUACUCUCUUAUCUAGGUACCACCCUUUAUCCUUUGGAAAUAGAUUUCCCACAUUCCUAAGAUCACUUGAAAAUCUCUGGCCAAUGCUGGGCACAGUGGCUCAGGCCUGUAAUCCCAGCACUUUGGGAGGCUGAGGUGGGUGAUCACUUGAGAGGCCAAG